UACUCUUAGAAGUACAAUUGAUCCCAAAAGGUACUCUAGUAGGUGUAAGGGAGUAAAUGUAGCGCCUUACUACCCACCUCUGCUUAUUUCCUGUCUUGUGCUUUUAAUUUGGUUGCACUUCCCAUCACUUUGGUUAUGCAGCACCUUGACUUUGUUUGCCAGCACACCUUUUCCCUGUUUGCAAUCAAGACUGUUUAAGUUCAGUUGUCUCUUGUGAAUGCUUCAUGUUGGUACACCUUUGAUGUCCUCCAGCAUAUAUUUACUUUCUAGCCUGUUUAGUAUGAUAUAGCUUCCCCUUUUGUUCUCAGACUAAAUACCAUUUUACCUGCACUCUGACCCCUGCUGCUUUCUGCACACUGGGAUCACACCUUCAUUUUGAAGAGGAGAAAGACAGGGCUGCGCAAACCACAACAACAUCCUCUGUACAGAGCCCACAUAAGGCCAAGGAAGAACUCACCCCAGUUGGACGUCGAUGACUAUGAGAAACCUUGGAGAGGACCCCAUAUGAGCCGAAAGCAAUGGAUGUCGACUUCACCUUUGUACUCUGCUAUCCCACAUGAUGCCACCAAGGGCCCGUCCUAAUCCUGCCUCGGCCACGGAGGAUCCCCAUCAGUCCCUGGACACCUCAGCGCCGCAUUUGGCUCCUGCCCGUCCUGCACAUUUGUCAGCCACUGAUCCGUCUUAACGCACUCUUGCCUCACAGCGAGAUUACCCGCUGAUUUGCCGCUGAGGUUCUGAUAGAGUGGGCGAGCCUAUUUUAUCCUCUGAUGGCAACUUCAAAAGUCAUUCAAAUGUGACAGGAGGUUGGUUGCCUGAUGCGCUCACCACCAAACUUUAGAUGUACCUCAUAAAUUCAAAGCCAAAGGCUCUCAGUCGACGGUUUUGUGCAGGUCUCUGAGAUCAAAGAGACUUCAAAGACAUUGAGCUGCAACUCUGCGAGCACGUCUUUUGGACCUGUCACCAAAACAGGACAAUGGACCGGGCAGCUUUGUCCUGAAAAAACAAGUCUUUUCCCAAGCUGAUCCAAGGUGUGUACGUUCCGGAUGCUGCCAUGCCCAUCAUCAGCAAUGCUAACCACGACUUCAGCAACCUGUCCGUCAGUGACGACAGCAGUCUUGACCACAUCUUCACAGAGAUUCCAGAGACUGAGACUAUCAAGGGUGUUUAUUACCAAAGGGCUCAGUUCAUCCGUCAACCAGAGGACCUGGUGUCCGUAGACCACCGCUUACUAGCAGUGAUUAAUGUCGGAGGGAACCGCUACACCUUCCCUUGGACUACACUGCAGCAGUUCCCACUCACUCGCCUGGGACGCCUGUGUGGCUGCAGGUCACCCGAGGACAUUGCCAACGUCUGCGACGACUAUGACGAAGCACGGAAGGAAUUUUUUUUCGACCGCUCGCCAUCCGCCUUCAGGGUCAUCCUCAACUUCCUGGCGGCGGGCAAACUGCGCCUUCUGCGGGAGAUGUGCAUCCUCUCCCUGCACGACGAGCUCACCUACUGGGGCGUGGAGAUGGCCUACAUGGAACGCUGCUGCAAGAGGAAGAUGUACACGCGCAUGGAGGAGGUCAACGAGCAAGAGCGGCAGGAGGAGGAGCGAAGGCAGAGGAAUGCCAUGCAGCGGGUGCCCGUGGAGGAGACCACCUACCGGAAAGUUAUGAACCGGCUCAGAGACAUGGUGGAGAACCCGCAGUCCGGCUUGCCGGGGAAGAUCUUCGCCUGCCUGUCGGUCAUCAUGGUGGCGGUGACUGUGGUCAGCUUGUGUAUCAGCACCAUGCCAGACCUCAGGGAGGAAGAGGAUAGGGGCGAGUGCUCGGCCAAGUGCCACAACAUGUUCAUCAUAGAGACCGUGUGCGUGGCCUGGUUCUCCCUGGAGUUCGUCCUGCGCUUCAUUCAGGCCCGCAGCAAGUUGGACUUCCUGCGCGGGCCGCUCAACAUCAUCGACGCCAUGGCCAUCCUGCCUUACUACGUGUCCUUGGUGGUGAAAGAGGAGGACCCGUCGGUGGAAAACGAUCGGCCGGGAGGAGGCAAAGGCUACUUGGACAAGCUGGGUCUGGUGUUGAGGAUCUUACGGGCGUUGAGGAUUCUUUACGUGAUGCGAUUGGCCCGUCACUCUCUGGGCCUGCAGACGCUGGGACUGACGGUCAGGCGCAGCACGCGGGAGUUCGGCCUGCUCCUGCUUUUCCUCUGCGUGGCCGUCACCCUCUUCUCCCCGCUGGUCCACCUGGCUGAGAGUGAGCUGACGGGUACCCACGACUUCAGCAGCAUCCCCGCCUCCUACUGGUGGGCCAUCAUCUCCAUGACUACGGUCGGCUACGGCGACAUGGUGCCCAGAUCCAUCCCGGGACAGGUCGUGGCCCUGAGCAGCAUUCUCAGUGGGAUCCUCAUCAUGGCCUUCCCCGCCACCUCCAUCUUCCACAUGUUCUCCCGCUCCUACCAAGAGCUGAAGAUGGAGCACGACCGCUUGUUCAAAGAGGAGUGCGCCGCGGCUGCGGCCGCCGCCGCAGCCAACGCCGCCGGGGAUCCGCACGAGGCGGCAGAGGGCGCCGGUGGAAAACCGGAGGACUCUGCCGCUCCCGGACUCGGAUUCCAUCUGGAUAAAGAUCGCGAGCACUCGCUUGAGUCUCUGGCUCUGUUCGGGAAAACCGACGAGGGCGCGGCGAAUAAUCACAGCGUGCCAGCAGCCGCUUUCUGAACCCCCGCCACAUUUCUUGCUGUCAAUCCAAACCUUCCAGCCUCACUCGCCACAUAAGAUGAAUCCACCGCAAAGGUCUCCCCUUUCCAUUUGUAUCCAGAAUGCAUUAAAAACAUGGAGAUUACAUCCGUUGCAUUUAAAUCGCUCUCCAGGGUGCUGAUGUGAGCGAGGACAUUGGACCGAGAGACCGUUUUUAACCCUUUAAGCCCAACGCUGCAGGUCGUCUUGUUGAAAGUCUCCGCAGCAAUAUUCCCAACUGCUUGCUUCCAUAAACAUGCAAUACCCAAA